AGGUGGACAUUUUGGUAUUGAAAGGACUGUGGCCAGACUUCAAACCAGAUACUACUGGUACCACAUGAGAGAAGAUGUGGCCCUCUGGUGCCGGACUUGUACAAACUGCGCAUGCAGAGCCAGACCCCACAAGACUCCACAAGCACCCAUGGGAACUCCCCGAGUAUGUGCAACAAAUGUGUGAUCAGUUGGAAAUGGCUCACAACAUCACCCGAGAAGCCCUUUGUGAGUCGGUCACACGUGCAAAAAGACAAUACGACAAAAACGCUUGUCACACACAGUACAAAGUCGGCAACGCGGUGUGGUAUCUCAUCAAAGGAACAAGUCAUGUCAAAAACAAAGUCAAAAAGUUCCUCCCCUCUUAUGAAAGGCCUUACUUUGUUAUGGGACAUUUAGACGAUCUAGUCUAUCGGAUCCAAAAGGGCCCCAGAGCCAAGGUCAAAGUCGUCCAUCAUGAUCAACUCAAAUGCUACCGCAGCCGUGAGCCCCUGGACAACACCUGGGUCCUGGACCAAUCCCAGAACUGGACACCUUCGGAAAUCCUGCCACCAGCAGUGGACGGGCACCCAGCAGACCGGGAGGAUCUCGCCCUGCACAACCUCUACUCUGCUGCCUCGAGUGAUGGCCCCAGCGACUCCUGGCCAUCCACUCCACCUGCUACUAACACUCACAUGAUUGGGUCUCUUCCAUCCACUCCUUCCCAUGUGUCACUUGACCAUGGUGAGGGUGUGGUAGGAGGGCCACACCACCAGUCUCCGCGUGAACCUCGGCCCCAACGUCAGCGCGGAGGAGUGGGGACUGGGUCACUGACUGAGUCACCCAUGACAGUUUAUAUUUGCACUAGAGACUUUAUAAUUCACGUUUUUGAUCUCUGGUCUAGUUUGUUCUAUACUUUUUUUUCUACAAAAAAUCGUUGUUUUAUGGAUGUACCUGUUGUGUUCCUGUCUCUUCGGCUCCUCGUGUCUCCUGGUUUGUCUCCGUCUGGAAGUUCGCCGUUGCAGUAUAUGUCUUCACUAUUCACCAACACUGGAUCCACCACUUCACAUCAGACCCUCGGAUCGAGUUGUCCAUGCAAGCCUGCGCUGCCUAGUCAUCGUCAUCAUCGGAGAUACCAUCACAUUGUGAAGGACCUGUGUUCUGCUUUGGCAUCUUCCAGCAUUCCUGAGAACUGUAAUGAUCUGACCAUGCAGGGGGCAGCAAGCGGAUCUGAUGUCACAAAAUAUUUCGCACACAACACAGCCCGUAUGGAGCGGCAGGAGGAGAAUCUCGCCGCAACUGGAAGAGCGGUGCAGGCAUUGGUAGCGCAGGUGUCCGGGCUCAACCAGCAGGUCCAACAACUGACACAGCCCAUUGCGCCCAACCCACUGCCGAUUUCCCCCACAUCCGUCUGUCAUUAUGAGCCGCGUCUGCCGACUCCGGAGAGUUAUUCUGGAAGAGCCGGUGAAUUUGUCAAACAUGCCCGUCGAGUACCUCGACCUGAAGGAAGUGUUCAGUAA